AUUCUCUGUCCUUCCCCGAUCGAUCCCCACCCUGCACGAUACUUUUCCCCUCUCUCUCUCUCUGCUAGGGUUCCCCGUCCGAUCCCCCCUCGGCCGCAUCAGGUAAAUUACUGGUCCAUCCGCCUCGCAUUCGAUCUGAUCCCGCGAUUCGAGCCCUCGCGCACCGAUCCGGGACUCACCCCCCUGCAAAUUUCCGCGGCGGAGUUUCGUACCGUCUUUGUUUUUGCAACAUUCGAGUUGAUUAUUUUGGAGGAGUCGCGCUCUAGGUUGAGCGAGCGUUGUUGGAUUUUUGUGCGACGACGGUGGUGUGUUGAUUGGAUGUUGAAAGAAUUGUAGCUGUUUGAGGCGGCAAGCAAGAGGCCGCGGAAGCAUCUGCGUCGAGCCAUGGAUAAGGGGCUCUUCACCAACGACGGCUCCUUCAUGGAGAGGUUCAAGCAGAUGCAGCAGGAGGCGCAGGAGAAGGAGAAGGCCGCUGCGGCCGCUGCCUCAUCAGCUCCCAAGCAUGCGAACCCCAAGCAGGGGUUUGCUGUUGCGGCAAACAAGCGGCCAUUCGAGCUGAAGAAGGCUGCUCCGGUAGCCUCGUCUGGUAAGCUGGCCUUUAGCCUCAAGAAGGCCAAAGUCGCGGUUGCACCUGUCUUCUCAGCUGAUGAUGAGGACGAGGAUGCUGCGGAUGUGGAGAGGGAGGAGCCUGCCAAGCGCCAAAAAUCUGUGCAAGCUGAUGCUCCUGUGGCAGCUGCCCCGUCUGGGGCUGUUGCCCCACCCCCACCAAAUGAUAUUACAGUGAGACAAGUCGCUGACAAAUUGGCAAGCUUUGUUGCUAAAAAUGGGAGACAGUUUGAGAAUAUCACGCGGCAGAGGAAUCCUGGAGAUACACCAUUCAAGUUUCUAUUUGAUAAACACUGUUCAGACUACAAAUAUUAUGAGUUUCAGCUUGCUGAAGAGGAAAGGGCUCUUGCUCAGUCAAAGGAGGCUGAAGCAUCAAAAAGUGCUAACUCUGGCAUUGCAAGCUUCAAGGCACCAGGUGGUACACAUAGAAGCUCAUUUGAACAGAAGUCUAACUAUCAAACACCUGCAUCAGCUUUGUAUGGUGCAUAUGAGGGUAGUUCUUCCCAAGGAAGCUCUUCUAGUUACGGUGAUCAUAUGACUCCACCGUCAGAUCCUGUAGCAUUGAUGGAAUUCUACGCAAAGAAGGCUGCACAGGAAGAACGGAAGAGGCCACCAAGGCAAUCGAAAGAUGAAAUGCCACCACCUCCUUCUCUUCAAGGUCCUCCAAAGAAAGGACACCACAUGGGUGACUUCAUUCCUCCAGAAGAACUUGAAAAGUUCAUGGCACGCUGUAAUGAUGCUGCAGCACAAAAGGCUACCAAAGAAGCCGCCGAGAAGGCUAAGAUUCAGGCAGACAAUAUUGGUCAUAAACUUCUAUCUAAGAUGGGUUGGAGGGAAGGUGAGGGUCUUGGUAGCGAGAGAAGAGGCCGUGCAGAUCCCAUUAUGGCUGGAGAUGUGAAGAAGGAUCAUCUUGGUGUUGGCGCAGUCCAGCCUGGUGAGGUCACAUCUGAAGAUGACAUCUAUGAGCAAUACAAGAAGCGAAUGAUGCUUGGAUACCGCUAUAGGCCAAACCCUCUGAACAAUCCAAGGAAAUCAUACUACUGAGUACUGAUACAGGAGAGUUCAUCCGAGGGGAGAUCAGAGAAGUCAAGAAGUUCGUUAUUCAGCAUAUUUCUUGGAAUGCCACAGAUGUGAGGCUUCUGGGUUCUACGAAGCUUUGUUCUUUGUGUAGUGUUGAUCUUUGUGGCUUUAAAUGUUGUGUUGAAACGAGUAUCAUGUUUCAAACAGUGAUAUAUUGCCUUCUUGGAUCAGUAUAUUUUUUCUGAUCAUUCAGGAUUUA